GUGUCUGCGUGCAUUCCUGUGCUGAGGCUGGCCAGAACCCGUAAGAAGGUUUUGUUCUACUGUCACUUUCCUGAUCAGCUGCUGACGCAGAGGGAGUCCCUCCUGAAGCGCCUCUACAGGCUGCCGCUGGACUGGCUGGAGGAGUACACCACGGGCAUGGCAGACUGCAUCGUCGUCAACAGCCGCUUCACCGCCCGCGUGUUCAGGGACACCUUUAAGUCCUUGUCCCACAUAAAUCCAGAUGUCCUCUACCCGUCGCUCAACAUCAGCAGCUUUGAACAAAUCGUUCCUGCAGACGUAGCUGACCUGAUACCAAAAAAGAAGUUCUUGUUUCUUUCCAUUAAUAGGUAUGAGAGAAAAAAGAAUCUAGUGUUGGCGCUGGAAGCUUUGCAUGAGCUUCGAGGAAGACUUGAUUCUCAUGAGUGGAAUGAAGUUCACCUGGUUGUGGCAGGUGGUUAUGAUAAACAAGUUCUGGAAAACGUGGAGCACUAUGAAGAGCUGAGGAGACUUGCAGCCAAGCUUAGUAUUAAGGACCAUGUCACUUUUUUGAGGUCAUUCUCAGAUGAACAGAAAAUAUCUCUCUUUCAUAACUCUGUGUGUGUGCUUUAUACACCAAGCAAUGAACAUUUUGGCAUUGUUCCUCUGGAGGCAAUGUAUAUGAGAUGUCCAGUUAUAGCAGUUAAUUCAGGUGGUCCUUUAGAAUCAAUCUUGCAUGAUGUCACAGGAUUUUUGUGUGAUCCUCUGCCAACACAAUUCUCCGAGGCCAUGGAAAAAAUUGUGAGAGAUCCGCUCUUAAAAGACACAAUGGGAGCAGCUGGGAGACUCAGAGUUAUGGAAAAAUUUUCCUCAGAAGCAUUCACAGAACAGCUGUACCAAUACAUAUGCAGAUUAACACAAUAAAAUUAUGUUCCCAUAUU